UCCUCCUCGACCCUCCGCCCCCAGCCCUACCCGGGGGAGGCUGAGGGAGCCCGACCCGGUAGUGGAGGAAGCGCCGGGCAUUGCCCAAGAGGGCCUUUCCUCAGGCCUCGGGCGGUUUGCGCGGCCCCUCUGAGAUUAUGUUAACAGUAAAUUUCAGGAAGUGAAUCAAGGUCAUGACAAAGUUUAGAAGAUAAUCUGUGAAAGAGAGUGUUUGAAGAGAAGUGUUGGAGCUAGGCUUAUAAAGAAUGGAAGAGUACGAAGUGCUGAAAGUACUAGGAGAGGGCUCCUUUGGCAGAGCUCUCCUAGUUCAUCAUAGAAUCAGUGACCAGAAGUAUGCAAUGAAGGAAAUAAGACUUCCCAUGGUAAGCAUGACAUGUACAUCACCUCACCCACCACUUAAAAAAAAAAAAAAAGAAAUUAAUCAUAAUUCUGCUGAUGGACAUCUGUAUAUAGUGAUGGAAUAUUGUGAUGAUGGAGAUCUAAUGCAAAAGAUUAAACACCAAGGAGGAAAAUUGUUCCCUGAAGAUACGAUCCUUCACUGGUUUGUGCAGAUGUGCCUGGGUGUGAAGCACAUUCAUGAUAAACGUGUGUUGCACAGGGAUAUCAAAUCCAAGAAUGUCUUCCUCACUCAAAGUGGAAAAGUCAAACUGGGAGAUUUUGGAUCUGCGCGCCUUCUUGCACACCCAGUGUCGUACGCUUGCACGUAUGUGGGGACUCCUUAUUACGUACCUCCAGAAAUAUGGGAAAGCCUGCCAUACAACAACAAAAGUGAUAUCUGGUCUCUGGGAUGCAUCUUGUAUGAGCUGUGCACUCUUAGACAUCCGUUUCAAGCCAAGAGCUGGAAGCAUCUCAUCCUUAAGAUAUGCAAAGGAUCCUACAAUCCACUACCAUCUCAUUAUUCCUAUGAACUUCAUUACUUAAUAAAACAGAUGUUUAAAAGAAAUCCCAAGAAUCGUCCAUCAGCCAGUACUAUUCUUGCAAGAAGUUGUUUAACCAGACUUAUCAAAAAUUAUUUGCCUUCUGAGAUGACAAAUGAGUUUGGGCAGGUAUUUAAGGAAACCAAGAAACAUGAAGGCAAUACAGCAAGACCAAAGGGUGGUGUCACGGCUGGUGGAAGCUCAAAUAAUAAGAAAGAAAAUAAGCAAAGUAAAGAUGAAAGCAAGCAUAGUCCCUUAGAAAGGAAAAAUAAUACUAAGGAUUUGAGUGAAAGCACAAAGGAACGAAGAAAAUCUGAUGAAGAGGUAGAAACUUCUGCCGUCCUCCCAGGAAUUACUGAUUUGUCACAUCCCCAUAGGAGACAAUGGGAAAAAAGGAUACCUGGUUCUGUAGUGGGUGUCCUGGAAAAUGCGUCCUUGCUUUCUUCUAGUUUUACAUCUGAAGAAGCUAAAAGUGGCUGUGUUAUAAACUACAGUGAAAAUAAGCCACGUAAGCAGUGGAACAAGGAGGCUCCUCAGACCCUGAUGAACAUUCUCAGUAAUGCUGAUGUCAGCUUAGCAUUUAAAACAUACACAAUUUAUAAACCAGCUUCUGGAAAUCUAUUAAGAGGUCCACUUUCCAAUGAAACUGAAGCAUCUGAUGAAGUAGAUGGUGAACAUGAAGCUAUUGUCAUAGAUUCUGAGAGACUUGAGCCUAGAUCUGAUGAAGAUGACACGGACUUUGAGGAAGAUGACCCAGACUGGGUGUCGGAACUGGAAAUGGUAUUGAAACACAGUGACUGAAAACUUGAAUUUGCCUACAAUAAAUGAAGUUAGACUUGCCAGUAUUUAUAAUCUAAAUCGUUGUUGCUAAUAGUUGUAGUUAUUAAUAAAAUUAUUUCA